CUUCAAAGUUGUACAGUUUUCACCUGUAAGUUGCAAGCAUCUUCACUUCUAUCAUGAAGAAUAUCGUCUACUUUGUUUUAUUUACUCUUGUGUCACUGUCAAAACAGGAUUCGUGUCACUGGAGAGAAUUAGAAGCGUGUGCAAUUCGAAGCUCAUUAAUUUUUCAGAGUAAUCCAAUACCACAAAAUGAAGCAGAAAUUGAUAGUCGAUGCGAAUACCUUAAAGACACUACUGCAUGUGUAAAUAAAUACACAGACAGAUGCGCAACCCCUUUGUACCAGCAAUUAAUUUCUUUCGUCAAUUCUGAAUCUCAAGAAAAUCUAAAUAAAUUCUGCACACCAGGAAAUGAAAUGAGAACGACAUUACUAAAACACGCGGCAUGCCUUUCUAAAGUAUGGAAGGAUCAGCAAUCUUGUGCGAAUGACGCUUUCGCUGCUAUAUCGAAACUUCCUUCGACUCCUUCAAGUGAUAGAGUAAAUCUGGCUUGCUGUUCUUAUCGAAGAUUCAGAAACUGUGGAGCCGAUUUAAUAGAAAAGCAAUGUGGAUCCGAAGCCAACGAAUUCGUUGUGAAAUUUAUAGCAUUUUCUGUGUCAAACUUACCUGACGUCGUGUGCCAAAAUUUCAAACCGGAAGAUGAUACGUGCAAGGCAUUGUUACCUGAAGCAGGAACAACACCCAGUGGAAGUAAUAAUUCACCGUUUAAUCGUUUCAUUAAAAUAUUCACAAGUUUAUCCAUAACAAAGUGAAUAAUAAUGUAAUUAUUCAUAAAAAUCUUCAGUGUAUUGUUGAAAAAUAUAAGAAAUGUAUUCUCUGUUUACAACAUGUAUUCAU